AGCCAGUCUCAAGUCUGGCCGCUUUUGGGGUCACCCUGGAAGCUGGUCAAGCACAUAGUGCCCGGACUCCACCCCAGACCAAUGGACUCAGGGCCCGUGUGGCACUGAAAGUGAGGGUGGGUUCAGCCUGGUUGUUUCCUUAAUGGCAGAACUCGUUCUGCAAAUGAAAGCUCCCUGGGGCCCUUGAAGUAUAAAAUAGCUAGAGGUUAAAUCCCGUCGUGAACAUGGAGUGGGGAGCCCAGAGCCUGGAGCAAGCAGGCUGAGCCUCCCUGGGGCUUGAAAGGGGCGGUGCGGGAGCUGAGCAGCAGGGCUUCCCUCACUUGCAGAGAACCAGAUGGGCAGGACCUUGGACGAGCUCAUAGCACAGUUUGACCUGAGCCGGAUCACCUGCCACUCAGCCCUGCUGGACCUGGAGAAGCUCCCGGAAUUCAAUAGGCUGCACCUCCGUCGGCUGGUGAGCUGUGAGACCCAGAGGCGCCAGCUGGUGGGGAAGCUGCAGGUGCUCGUUGAGGAGGCGUUUGGGAGCCAGCUGACGGACAGAGCUGUCCUGGACCCAGCCUACGUGGAGAGGGUCAUCCUGCUGAGACAGGACUUGGUCUGCCCCACGCACUCCUACCUGUGGACUCGCCCUGCUGUGGAGCGGGCGCAGCUGGGCGCCAUCUCGGAGAAGGUGGAUGAGAUUGCCACGCGCGUGCUGGGGUGAGCGCCCACAGGCCGGGCUUGCGGCUCUGCACCCUCGCGCCCUCUCUCCCUCCCAGGCCCCCAUUACGCCAGACUUGGCUGUUGGGGGCCCACAGUGUGUCCCCAUGGCCAGUGAGAGGUCUUGGUAGGAGGGGAGCCCAGAGGAGCCCAGCUCUCCCGGGAGAGGCGCGCCCAGGCUCCAGGCUCGGUUCCAUCCCGGCCCGCCUCUUCCUCACCCAGUUAUCUCACCUGCCCAGAUGGCUUCACCUGGGCCAAGUCCCUGUUCCUCCUGGAGCUUCCGCUUCCUCUUAUGAAAGGUGGAGACGAUGCUGGCUCUGAUUGUAAGAGCAUCGGAUGAUUUCUGUGACAAGGGCAGGAAUCAGCCGUGGAGGGAAUAACCGGUUUGUGUCCUCACGGUGGCCAGAGCGAGGGCUGGCUUCAGGCGGGGGCCUGCAGUAUGUCCCCAGACUGAAUCUGUCCCUUCGACUUUCUGCCCCACACGCCUCCAUCCUGGCUCCUGGCUCCGCAGAGGCUCCGGACAGGGUACACAGGGGGUGGGAUUCUCCCCCAGACGUAGAAGAGCCUUGCUCUUUACCUCACAGUCCCUCGCGGGCGGAUGGCAUUUGUCCCUCUCUCCAGGGUCCUGCCAUCCCUAGGUUUUGCUUUUGUCCUCAUGGACCCCAGUUCUCAGCAGGCUGCUUCCCCACCACUGACAUCGAGGAGUCUUUUCUUUCCACGUGACAUUCACCAUCUCCAGCAUUUCAUCCCCCCCCACUUCGUAAUGACAGCGAUCACGUGGCCCACUUAACGAUACAAUAAGAAUGAUUACUUUUUAGAUCCUGAUGCAGUGUCUGUGAGCUCUGGAAUGUCAUACGUACUGGCUAAUGCUUAGCUUUUUGUUGAAAUAUAAGAUCUAACACCUUUGAGUUCUUACCUGUUCAGACAAUGUACCUAGUGCUUUGUAAGUUUUAGCCUGGGCCCACCAUAGCUCUGUGAGGUGCAGACACUGUUAUUAUCCCCACUUGACAGGUCACAAAACUGAGGCACAGAGGUAGCAAUUAGUAAAUCCUCUUACUCUGGUGCCCUCUUCGUCUCCCUGUGUUAUGCCCACGUGCCUGGAUUCUCCUGGAUGUUUUUUCUUCCCCGA